AUGGCUCCGAGGUGGGCCCCGCCCGCUGGCCUAGUGCUUGUGGCGCUGCUCGCGCUGCUGCUGGCGCCUGCGCCGGCGCGCGGGGACAAGCCCGUGAGGGGCGGGGCGUCCAGCUCGGUCGCCGGGGCGGAGACGGAGCCGUCCUCCGCCGUCUUCCCGCUCUACGGCGACGUCUACCCGCACGGCUUGUACUAUGUGGCCAUGAGCAUCGGCAACCCGCCGAAGCCGUACUUCCUGGACGUCGACACCGGCAGCGAUCUCACCUGGCUGCAGUGCGACGCGCCCUGCAGGAGCUGCAACAAGGUGCCACACCCACUCUACCGGCCAACAAAGAACAAGCUGGUGCCAUGCGUGGAUCAAUUGUGUGCUUCCCUCCACAUCGAUCUAACAGGGAAGCACAAAUGUGAUUCACCAUAUGAGCAAUGCGACUAUGUGAUUAAGUAUGCAGAUCAGGGAUCAUCCACCGGUGUGCUCGUCCAUGACAGUUUUGCGCUCCGCCUCGCAAAUGGCUCUGUUGUUCGCCCCAGUCUGGCAUUCGGGUGUGGUUAUGACCAACAGGUCAGCAGCGGUGAGAUGUCACCUACUGAUGGUAUGCUUGGGCUUGGGAGUGGAUCAGUUAGCUUACUUUCACAGUUCAAACAGCAUGGAGUCACCAAGAACGUGGUUGGCCACUGCCUCAGCCUAAGAGGAGGCGGGUUCCUCUUCUUUGGUGAUGAUCUUGUGCCUUAUCAACGUGUUACAUGGACUCCUAUGGCUCGCAGUGCUCUCCGGAAUUAUUAUUCCCCUGGCUCAGCAAGUCUGUACUUUGGUGACCAGUCGCUGCGUGUGAAACUGACGGAAGUAGUCUUUGACAGUGGAAGCUCAUUCACCUACUUUGCUGCACAGCCAUAUCAAGCACUUGUCACCGCUCUUAAGGGUGACCUAAGCAGGACGCUGAAAGAGGUAUCUGACCGUUCUCUGCCUCUGUGCUGGAAAGGGAAGAAACCAUUCAAAUCUGUGCUUGAUGUGAAAAAGGAGUUCAAAUCUUUGGUGCUGAACUUUGCCAAUGGCAAGAAGACGCUCAUGGAGAUCCCUCCUGAAAACUACCUCAUUGUUACAAAAUACGGCAAUGCCUGUUUGGGCAUCCUCAACGGAUCUGAAGUCGGUCUCAAGGAUCUGAGCAUUCUUGGAGACAUUACUAUGCAGGAUCAGAUGGUGAUAUAUGACAAUGAGAAAGGGCAAAUUGGAUGGAUUCGUGCACCCUGUGAUAGAAUCCCCAAGUUUGGAUCCUCCGCCCUUCUGUGA